AUGAGCGCUUCUACAAGACCUUUAAUCUUAUCACACGGUUCCAUAGAACAUGUUUUACCUGUUCCAACAGCUUCUUAUUUCGCUGCUUCUCAAUUACAAGAACAAUUCCAUAAAACUCUACCCGAACCUACUGAGGGCUUCGCAUCUGACGAUGAACCUUCUUCUUCUGCUGAACUUUUGGGUAAAUUCUUAGGUUAUGUUGCUUCUCUAAUAGACUCUUCCACCAAGACUCAAUUCAGCGAAGUUCUAAGCGUCUCUUUGGUAGAAUUCGAAAAUACGUAUUUUCAAGCUAAUAACAUUAAUGAUCCUCAUACAUUAGCUGCAAAAUUACUUAAUGACCAAGAAGAAUUUCCAACUACUUUAUCAAAAGUUAAAGAAUUAAUUAAAAAUUAUAUUGCAGCUAGAGUAGUAGCAAACAUUCCAUUCGAAAAAAAUGUGAACUCUGCAUUAUUUAAUUCCAAUUCUAAUAAUAAUAAUAAUAAUAAUACUCAAACUGAAAUAGUAGCUAUCUUCGGCGGUCAAGGUAAUACAGACGAUUAUUUUGAAGAAUUAAGAGAAAUAUAUCAAACUUAUCAUCCAAUUGUAAAAGAUAUAAUCAAAUUCGCUGCAAACACUUUGAAUGAUUUAAUAAAUCUACAUCAGGCGUACGAAAAAGUUUACACUCAAGGCUUUGACGUCAUUAGAUGGUUGAAACAUCCAACAAAGACUCCAGAUGUAGAUUAUUUACUAUCUAUCCCAAUAUCAUGUCCGUUGAUCGGUGUUAUUCAAUUAACCCAUUACGCUAUCACUGCUAAAUUGUUAGGUUUUACUCCAGGUGAGUUAAGAUCUCAUUUAAAAGGUGCUACAGGUCAUUCACAAGGUUUAGCCACUGCUGUAGCCAUUGCAGAAGCUGAUUCAUGGGAUUCAUUUUUUGUCGUUAUGAAAAAGGCAAUCUCCCUCUUAUUCUUCAUCGGUGUUCGUUGUUAUUUAGCUUAUCCAAAUACUUCUUUGCCCCCAUCUAUCCUUGAAGAUUCUUUGGAAAAUUCGGAAGGUGUUCCAUCUCCAAUGUUAACUAUCUCAAAUUUAUCCAAACAACAAGUUCAAGAUUUCGUAGAUGAAACUAAUUCUCAUCUACCUGCUGAAAAACAUAUCGUCAUUUCAUUAAUUAAUGGUGCAAGAAAUGUAGUAGUAUCAGGCCCACCACAAUCAUUAUACGGGUUGAAUUUAGCAUUAAGAAAGGAAAAGGCUCCAUCUGGAUUAGAUCAAUCAAGAAUCCCAUCAAGAGAAAGAAAAUUGAAAUUCUCAAAUAGAUUCUUACCAGUAACCUCACCAUUCCAUUCUCAUUUAUUGAUUCCUGCUAUGGAUUGCAUCGCUAAAGAUUUAUCCACUCAUAACAUUGAAUUCAAUGAAUCUGAUUUGAAAAUCCCAGUUUAUGAUACAUUUGAUGGUAAAAACUUAAAAGAUCAUUCAUCUUCAAUCGCUGAAAGAAUCGUAGAUUGUAUCAUUAGAUUACCUGUCAAUUGGGAAACUACCACUAAAUUUUCAUCAACUCACAUUCUUGAUUUCGGACCAGGUGGUGCUUCAGGAUUGGGUGUUUUAACUCAUCGUAAUAAAGAUGGUACCGGUGUUCGUAUCAUCGUAGCGGGCACUUUAGACAUUAAUCCAGAUGACGACUACGGUUUCAAACAAGAACUUUUUGAAAAUACUUUGAAAUUUAAUCCAAAUUGGUUGAAAGAAUUCCAUCCAAAAUUAGUUAAAAAUAAAGUAGGGAAAAUCUUUGUAGAGACCAAAUUUUCUAAAUUAUUAGGUAGACCACCUUUAUUAGUUCCAGGUAUGACUCCAACUACCGUGUCUCCAGAUUUCGUCGCCGCUACAAUUAAUGCCGGUUAUCAAAUUGAAUUAGCUGGUGGUGGUUAUUUCUCUGCUCAAGGUAUGACUGAUGCAAUUGAUUCCGUUAUUUCUCAAAUCAAAAAAGGUUAUAGUUUAUCACUGAAUUUGAUUUAUGUUAAUCCAUUCAUGUUACAAUGGUGUAUCCCAUUGAUUAGAGAAUUAAGGUUAAAGGGUUAUCCAAUUCAAUCAAUGACUAUCGGUGCUGGUGUCCCAUCUUUAGAAGUCGCCUCGGAAUAUAUUACUACUUUAGGAUUGACACAUUUAGGUUUGAAACCUGGGUCCAUUGAUGCUAUUUCUCAAGUUAUCACUAUUGCUAAAGCUCAUCCAAAUUUCCCAAUCGUUUUACAAUGGACUGGUGGUAGAGGUGGUGGUCAUCAUUCCUUCGAAGAUGUUCAUACUCCAAUGUUACAAAUGUAUUCUAAGAUUAGAAGACAAUCUAAUAUCGUAUUGAUUGCAGGUUCAGGGUUCGGGUCUGCUGAAGAUACUUAUCCAUACUUGACCGGUCAAUGGUCCACUGAAUUUAAUUAUCCUCCAAUGCCAUUUGAUGGGUUCUUAUUAGGGUCCAGAGUUAUGAUUGCCAAGGAGGCUAAGACAGCCCCAGCUGCUAAACAAGCUAUUGUCGAUUGUACAGGUGCUAAAGAUAGUGAAUGGGAAAGUACUUACAAGAAACCAACUGGUGGUAUUAUUACUGUUCGUUCUGAAAUGGGUGAACCAAUUCAUAAGAUUGCUACUCGUUGUGUCGUCUUUUGGAAGGAAAUGGAUGAUACUAUUUUCAAUCUACCAAAGAAUAAAUUACAAGCUGCUUUAGAUGCUAAGAAGGAUUAUAUUAUUGGUAAAUUAAAUGCUGAUACCCAUAAACCUUGGUUCCCUACUGUUAAUGGCGAAGUUCGUGAUUUAGACUUGAUGACAUAUGAAGAAGUCGCUCAAAGAUUAGUUGAAUUGAUGUUCAUUAAGAAGACAAACUCUUGGACUGACAUAACUUGGAGAACAUUUACUGGUAACUUCUUACGUCGUGUUGAAGAACGUUUCACCAAGACAAAAACUGUUUCCGUAAUUCAAUCUUUUGCUAUGCUAGAUGAACCAUCAAAGGCAUUGGAAACUGUCUUUGACGCCUACCCUGCCUCCAAAUCUCAAUACUUAAAUGCUCAAGAUGUCGAUUAUUUUUUGAAUAUGUGUCAAAAUCCAGCUCAAAAACCAGUUCCAUUCGUCCCAGUAUUAGAUCAAAAAUUCGAAUAUUAUUUCAAAAAGGAUUCAUUAUGGCAAUCUGAAUUUUUGGAAGCUGUUGUCGAUGAAGAUGUUCAAAGAACUUGUAUCUUACAAGGUCCAGUGGCUGCUCAAUUCACUAAGGUUAUUGAUGAACCAAUUAAAGAUAUUCUAGAUGGCAUUCAUAACGGUCAUAUUUCAAAACUAUUGAAAGAGAAAUAUAAUAAUGAUGAAUCAUCUAUCCCAGUUAUUGAAUACUUUGGUGGUGAAGAUUUGAGAUGUACUAAAGCAGUUGCUGGAACUGUUACUUAUACUGCAGAAUCUACUACCGAUGAAGCUUCAUGGUUUAAAAAACUUGCUGGUCCAGUUAAGAAUUGGCGUUCUGCAUUUUUCUCCACUGCUAGAGUUGUCCAAGAUUCACUGUAUGUUGAUAAUCCAGUUAGGAAAGUCUUUAAACCAACUGAUUCUAUGAGUGUUGAGAUCACAAGUGCCAACAAUGCCACAAAGACUGUUAUUACAUUAUCUGAACCAGUGCAAGGUGAAAUUAAACCAACAUGUGUUUUGAAAUUAGUUAAAGAUAAUUUGAUUCAAAUGCAAUUGAUUGAAAAUAGAACUAUGGAUGGUACUCCAGUAUCCUUACCAUUGUUAUAUACUUAUCAAGCUGAAGAUGGGUUUGCUCCAAUCUCUGAAGUUAUGGAAGGUCGUAACCAACGUAUUAAGGAAAUGUAUUGGAAAUUAUGGAUUAAUGAACCUUUCAAUUUGAAUUUCGAUCCAAGAGCCACUAUCAAAGGUGCUGAUUUCACAAUUACCGCUGAACGUAUUUCUGAAUUUACUCAUGCUAUUGGUAACACUUGUGAAGAUUUCGUUGCUAGAUCAGGUAAAACUUUAUUAGCUCCUAUGGAUUUCGCUAUUGUUGUUGGUUGGAGAGCUAUUAUUAAGGCUAUUUUCCCCAAUACUGUUGACGGUGAUUUAUUGAAGUUGGUUCACAUGUCUAAUGGGUACAAGAUGAUUUCAGGUGCUAAACCAUUACAAGAAGGUGAUCUUAUUUCCACAUCUGCUGUUAUCAAAUCUGUCGUUAACCAAUCAACUGGGAAAAUCGUUGAAGUUGUUGGAACUUUAAGUAGAGAUGGUAAACCUGUUAUGGAAGUGGAAUCAUCUUUCUUUUACAGAGGUACUUACACUGAUUUUGAAAACACAUUCCAAAAGACUGUGGAACCUGUUUAUCAAAUGAUAAUCAAGACUCCAAAGGAUAUUGCUGUUUUAAGAUCCAAAGAAUGGUUCCAGUUAGAUGAUGAAGAUAUUGAUUUAAUGGGUAAAAUAUUAAGGUUUGAAACUGAAACUGAAGUCACAUUCAAGAAUGCGAACGUUUUCGCUAGUGUUAAAUGCCAUGGUCCAAUUAAGAUGGAAUUACCAACCAAGGAACAUAUUGAAAUUGGUAUUGUUGAUUAUGAAGCUAGUGAAUCAUAUGGUAAUCCAGUAGUUGAUUAUUUGAAAAGAAAUGGUUCUACUUUGGAAGCUAAGAUCAAUUUGGAAAAUCCAAUUCCAAUUGCUGUUUUAGAAUCUCAAAGUCCAAGUACUAAUGAGCCAUACGGUAAAGUUUCUGGUGAUUUGAAUCCUAUUCAUGUUUCUCGUCAUUUUGCUAAUUAUGCAAACUUACCAGGUACUAUUACACAUGGUAUGUAUUCAUCUGCAGUGGUUCGUGGUUUAAUUGAAAAUUGGGCUGCUGAUAGUGUUUCAUCCAGAGUACGUGGAUAUAAUUGUCAAUUUGUUAAUAUGGUAUUACCAAAUACUCCAUUGAAGACAUCUAUUCAACAUAUUGGUAUGAUUAAUGGACGUAAAUUAAUUAAAUUUGAAACGAAGAAUGAUGAAGAUACUGUUGUUUUGACAGGUGAAGCUGAAGUGGAACAACCAAUUUCCACAUUUGUCUUUACUGGUCAAGGUGCUCAAGAACAAGGUAUGGGUAUGGAUUUAUAUCAAUCAUCAGAAGUUGCUAGAGAUGUUUGGGAUAGAGCUGAUGGUCACUUCAAAUCUACAUAUGGGUUCUCCAUAUUAGAUAUUGUUAGGAACAAUCCAAAGGAAUUAACAGUAUAUUUUGGUGGUGAAAAGGGUAGAAAAAUUAAGGAAAAUUAUACUCAAAUGAUUUUCGAAACUAUUGUUGAUGGUAAAGUUCAAACGGAAAGAAUUUUCAAAGAAAUUGAUGAAUCUACUAAUUCUUAUACGUUUAAAUCACCAACUGGAUUAUUAUCUGCUACACAAUUUACACAACCAGCUUUAACUUUAAUGGAAAAGGCAGCAUUUGAAGAUUUGAAAUCUAAGGGAUUAAUUCCAGCAGAUGCAGCCUUUGCAGGUCAUUCCUUAGGUGAAUAUGCAGCAUUAGCUUCAUUAGCUGAUAUUAUGUCAGUAGAAUCUUUAGUUGAUGUUGUGUUUUAUAGAGGUAUGACUAUGCAAGUUGCUGUACCAAGAGAUGAAAAGGGUAGAUCUAAUUAUGGUAUGAUUGCUGUUAAUCCCGGUAGAGUCUCAUCAACGUUUUCACAAGAAGCAUUACAAUUUGUUGUUGAAAAAGUUGCCAAGAGAACUACCUGGCUAUUAGAAAUUGUUAAUUAUAAUGUUGAAAAUCAACAAUAUGUUGCCGCUGGUGAUUUAAGAAGUUUAGAUACAUUAUCAAAUGUUUUAAAUUUCAUUAAAUUACAAAAAAUUGAUAUUGAUGAAUUACAAAAGAGUAUGCCAUUGGAAAAAGUUGAAUCCCAUUUAUUUGAAAUAAUUGAUGAAAUUUCCAAGAAGAGUGAAAGUAAAGAACAACCGAUUGAAUUAGAAAGAGGAUUUGCAUGUAUUCCAUUACGUGGUAUAUCAGUUCCAUUCCAUUCAUCGUAUUUGAGAAAUGGUGUUAAACCAUUCCAUACAUUCCUAAGUAAGAAUAUUUUGAAAGAGAAUGUUAAAGUUGAUAGAUUAGCAGGUAAAUAUAUUCCAAAUUUGACAGCUAAACCAUUUGCCGUGACGAAAGAAUAUUUCCAAGAUGUUUAUGAUUUAACUGGAUCAUGUCGUAUCAAAGAAAUUCUUGACAAUUGGGAAAAAUAUGAAAACUAA